UCUAGCUGCUUAUAGUCUUCCUAGCCUUGUGUUGUCCUCGUUACAUUUAUUUUAUUUUUUAUUGCUUUAUGGUAAGCACAGUUAACCUCAAACAUAGUAUAAUCAUCAGGUUAGGUAAGGUAUUGUCUUGUAUAUUACGCCAGACGUAGCGUGUGCUAGAUAGAAGAACAACUAUAAAAAUUCUUUGUAUGAACUGGGAAAUUUUAGUCGGUAUCGAGGGGAGAACUGGGAGGACCAAAGUCUUGAUUUUCCUGCCUGCUCCCAAACAGACCAAUGUCUGUCACUACAUGGUCCUUAAAAUUCUUUAUUUGUGGAAAACGUAUAAUUCAGCUCGACCAGAAAAGCAAUGUUUUCUGAGCAAACCGGGGGAGGGAUGAUCGCUCUGCCGCUGGAGCAGGAAGAACAAGAACCUCAAGACUGAAUUACUAGAUCUGCCUUUUAAAAAGGGAAAAAAAGAAGUUGAAGUUACAAACAGUAUGUUUAAGUGCUCUGGCUUUCCUGUGCCUCUAAGCUAAUACGGACUGAAAAUCAAGGAGUUGAGUUACUGCAGAUCUGGUGUAAUGUAUUGUGUGGUUUCCCCGGAUAUUUAAUGUAAGUUCUACUUUAUAAAAAAGAAAAAGCUCACUGAAGAGAAGGUGCAAAACCCUUGUAGAUCUCAAGCUUUCCCCAAAGUUUCAGUAAAGCCAUUCUACUCUACUGUUCUUUUGUGUAGCUGUCUUGUUUUUCCCUGAAAAAAGGGGGACAGGGUGUAACUUCACCACUGCGGAGUAAAAGUAGUCAAUCUGCAUUGUCGGAAGAACUGAAUUUGUGGGUGAAAGUUGUGUCACUGUUUUAGAUCGUCUGAGCCUAUAAGUAAUAGCAGGGCUGUGACAGUGUGGCCCUUUUCGUGAUAAUUUGAACAAAACCACUGCACACUUGCAUUAAAUAUGUACAAAUAUCAACUCUAAUGAACAGAUAAAUCUUGUUGACAACAUUCCAUUUCUUAAUUUAAAUCGUAGGUAUGUCACGGAAAAUAUUUUAAUGUAAUUAUUUACAUUUGCAAUGCCUGUAAUAAGCUUUAAAAAUUUGUACACAUCAAAAUGUAUAUUUUGGGUUUGGCAUAAGCUGCUACUGUGUAACUUCUGAACAUUUAUUUGUAUAAUAUAUUCCUACUGAAACAAGACAACUUUCUCAACAUGUAAAUAACAUGUUUUUUACCUGCUGAAACUGUAACUUACCCUGUGGUGGUCACUACUUUUCCUGACCACUGAACGUGAGGUUAUUAAUUGGUUGUGACUGUGCUUUGAGGAAGGAAAUUAGCUCAUAGUCCUGCUUCUGGAAUGAACAAGUGCUUAGGAAAAAGGAAGCUGACUCUAGCUAAAGGCUUUUACUGUGACGGGCACGUUCUGCAGCCAUGAUUAUAAUAUACAUUCUGCUUUUCAGAGCUCAGUGCACCAGAGUGACUUAAGAGAUUAUGGUCAAUGUCUGUGGAAAUUUUAAGAAAUGGGAAGCUUAUAUGAACAGCUCAUGUGAAACAAUUCAACGGUACUGUAAAAUGCAGAUCUGUACAAAUUUACGUCAUUAAAAUUUUCAGUCACUCGUACGUUUGGCAAUGUUUUAUCUGUUGCCGGUUUGGUGGCUGCUGCAUCGUACGCAGCAAAAACAGCGUGUGAAGAUGAAUUGUGAAAAAGUUACCCAAAAAUCACCCAUGCGUCAGCUAAGUGAGGAAGGUUUUAAUAGAUAAUUAGCUGUAUCUUUACUGAAUUCCAUAGCAUUUUUCUGGAGACGUGUUGUUUUGGAAAGGAAACUCUGACAAGCUGUGAUAACAGAGAACUUGAAGAACUGGGAGCGUGGAGCCCUUUUUCUACCAGAAUCGAGCAGCUGUACCCUCGUGCUUCAAGGGUUUUCUCUUGGUACCUGGAGAUGUGCCUAAGGAAUGCUCCGCUCUAGAUCUGUGGAUAUCCAUAGAGCCUCUCUGAACAGAGUGAAUACAAAAUCUACUGAGAUCCAGCGCUCCAGACCAGACAGAAGAUUUUUCUCGGGUACCUCAGCCUUGAAGGGAUCCUCUUCAUUUAGAAUCCGUGUCUUCUCUUAAGUAAUUGAUCACUGUGCACCCGGGGACACCCAAUUCACAGACGAGUGGGAUCAGCCUUCAUGAAUAAUCAAAAUGCCGUGGCCACGCUGCUGCAGGAGUGCAAGCGAGCUCUGGACACGCUCCUGUCGGCAAAGGCUGACACGAGCGAGGAAGACGAGCGGGAAUACCUGCGGUGCCAAGCUUUGCUUCCGGAGGACUUGAGGACCCUUCUGGAGGAGGCAAAGGAAAUGAAGUGGCCCUUUGUGCCAGAAAAAUGGCAAUACAAACAAGACCUUGGCCCAGAAGACAAAACAAACCUGCAAGAUAUGAUCAGCGUGAGGCUCCCUGAUUUGCUGGUUUAUUUGAAAGCCUCCAUCAUGGUCAAGGACUGCGUAACGGCAGCUGCUAUUGUGUUCCUGAUUGACCGGUUCCUGUAUUGGAUCGAUGCCUCCAGCAAACUUCUUCAGGUUGCCAAGGGUCUGCACAGGCUGCAGCCCACCACGCCGAUCGGUCCUCAGGUGCUCAUCCGCCAGGCUCGCCUCUCCGUCAACGCAGGUAAACUUUUAAAAGCUGAAUAUAUCCUAAGCAACCUUAUUAAUGACAGUGGAGCAACAGGUACCUGGCGAUACGCUAAGGAAAGCGAUAGGAUUCUUGUUCAGUCAGUCUGCUUACAAAUCAGAGGACAGAUUCUGCAAAAGCUUGGGAUGUGGUAUGAGGCAGCAGAGCUGAUUUGGGCUUCAGUUGUGGGAUAUUUCAAACUUCCUCAACCAGAUAAAAAGGGAAUUGCUACUUCCUUGGGUAUUAUGGGAGACAUCUUUGCUUCCAUGAAUGAGAAGGAUUAUGUACGUUUUAAAACCAAUGCUGAGAUUGACCUGAGCCUUCUCCGAGAGUUCAGUCAUCGCUUAUUAUCAGCCGCUGAGGCCUGCAAGCUAGCGGCAGCCUACAGCCAGUACACCCCGCUGUUUGUCCUCACAGCCGUGAACAUCCGUGGGGUGUGUUUGCUGUCCUACAGUCACUCCAAAGACUGUCCCCCAGAAAAGAGAAAGUUCUACUUGUCCGAAGCUAAAGAAUCCUUUGAGAUUGGCCUCCUCACCAAGAAUGAUAACAGUCCCAUCACCAGCAAGCAGGAGCUCCAUAGUUUUAUUAAAGCGGCUUUCUGCCUCACAACUGUGCAUCGAUGGCUCUAUGGGGAGAGUGAAAAACUGCGGGAGGUGAGUCAACUAUGUAAAGAAGCCAUGGGAAAACUGCAUUCCUACAGCACCUCACUUGCAGAAGAGGAAGAGAAAGGAAUGCUUGCCACAGAGAUCAUGUCUCUGAUCACAUCUGUGAAGAAGCGCCUGCAAGUGGAAAGCUUCCCGAAUUCUGAUGCCAGGUCUUACGUUCCAGACAGUUACAAAGGCUCGGUGCAAAACCCUAUCCUGCGAGGGGAAGCCAACUUUGAGAAAAUCCUUGCCAUGCAUUCUCAGCAUCAUCUGUCAGUGUGUGAAGUGUUUGAAAAUACUUGCAGGAUUCAUAAAACCACAUCAGGAGAAACUCAAGUGGGAGCUUGUAUCACAACCUUAAGAACAGAAACCAAAAACGUAGACACUGCGUGUACUACUGAAGAAAUAGCGUACCAGAGAAAAGGCGCUGCAAAAAUGCUGAAUUCACCGACAGCAGGAAGUGGCUCAAAGAGACUCAGUGGCCAAAGAAAUAAAUACUUUGGUUCUGAUGUGAUGAAAACUUCCUAUGAUGAAGAGAUUGAGCCAUUAGAAGUGGAAAUAAAUGAUGCAAAUGGUGGUUUCAGCAGAUGGCAAAACAGGAGUCAAACGGCUACUUCAGAGAGCUCUUGGUGCAAGCUGUCAAAAAGUUACUCUUCCAGCUGGGAAGAACUAAACUAUAAUAGCAGCAAAGAGUCUCCCAGGGAAGGGCAGCAGCAGGAAAAGGGCUCAGCGGAGAUGCGAUGUUGCACGACAGAAUCUGAUGGAAAUGAUCAAGCUGCAUACUUGAGCUCAUUACCUCCCAGAGCUUGGUCUCCACCUCUUCAGCCUUCCUUAGAGGUAGAUAUGCCCCUAGCUGGGAGGCCAGUAGAGAAGACGUCUGUUUGUGGAGAAGAGCUGCGAGAGGGAAAGAACUCUUCAGAAAAGAAAGCAGAGAAGGUGAACAAGGUAGCUUCUUCCUUCUCAACCCCUUACUCUGUUCCUAAAAGGCAGGAGGAAGAGGAGGAGGAGGAGUCCUCCUCCGAGGCGGAGCUGGGCUGCAGGACCGAGGACAGCGGCAGGGAGGGCGGUGGUGCCCCUGGGUCCCGGCCCCGGAGCCAGUUUGUGUGGGUCCGGCCAGAAGGAGAAGCUGCAGAGAGCACGGGGGAUCCUUUCUCUGAGACACGUCCCCACACAAAUGGGGUUGCUUCUGCGCUAUCGAUGAGCACGGAGCUGAAAAUGGGCAGCGACUCCUCUGUGCGUGACUGGCUGAGGAAGUCUGCCGUGGUGGGAGACAGAUCUCUCAAAGUGCCUGAAGUUGACACCCAAGCAGAAACAAUGGAUGACACUGAAUUUGAUUUCAUCACUAUUGGAGACGCAGUAAACAACUAUCCUAUGACAUCCGUCGCAAAGCAUCUAUCAACUCCCAGUGCACCAACGGCUUUGCCUUCGGGGGGAAAGGGAACCGUAACCAAGCACUUUGACUGUGCCACUACUGAAGAAGAAGAAGAGAAAUCUCAGGACAUGGUGAGCAGCAAAAGACAAUCCAGUUCAUCUUUGAGUUCAUGGUACAAACCAACAGACACACCCAAGAGUUCCCCUGAAGGUUCGUUUCUGAACCCAAGGGGAAGUGGUUUUGUCUUCGUGCCUGGGAGAACAAAGGAAGAAAUCCUUGACGCUCGAUUUCUGAGGGACGAUGAUUACAUGCAGCUUCUGGCAGGGGUGGAACAUAAUUGGCUUGUCCAGAGACUGAUGCCUACUGGAAUUUUUAAGUCUAAACAGCUUCAUAAAACAUACUCUGCUCUUCUUUUAAAAUACUCGAAGAAAUCGGGCCUCUGGACAGGCCAAGAAACAGCUGUAUUCAUUGGGGACUACCUGAACGUGGCAAAGGAAGGCAAACAGAGAAGUGCGUUUUGGAUACACUUCCUGCACCAAGAAGAAAGCCUGGGAAGGUACGUUGGGAAAGAAUAUAAAGAAGAAAAAGGACUACUUCAUCAUUUCAGUGACGUGGAACGGCAAAUGACUGCCCAGCACUACGUGACGGAAUUCAACAAAAGGCUGUAUGAGCAAAAGGUCCCUACGCAAAUCUUCUAUAUCCCAUCUGCAGUACUCCUGAUACUGGAAGACAGAACUAUAAAAGGAUGCAUAAGCGUGGAGCCUUACAUCCUCGGGGAGUUUGUGAAGCUGUCCAACAACACGAAGGUAGUAAAGAACGAGUACAAAGCCACAGAGUACGGUCUGGCCUACGGCCAUUUCUCCUAUGAGUUCUCCAAUGGAACAGACGUUGUUGUCGAUCUGCAAGGUUGGGUGACAGGUAACGGGAAAGGCCUCAUCUACCUCACAGACCCCCAGAUUCAUUCUCUUAAUAGCAAAGAUGUUUCACGCUCCAACUUUGGGAAGAAAGGAAUUUAUUACUUCUUUAAUAAUCAACACGUGGAGUGCAAUGACAUCUGUCGCUGCCUUUCUUUAACAAGGCCCUCAGUGGAGCUGCCGAUGUAGACUCGCGCAAGACGGUCACACAAAGGAUGACCCGUAAUCUGGACGCUGGUUUAUCCUCCGUGCCUUUAGGAGGGAGCGUAUUGUUGUUGCGGGAACAGAGCCACCGAGCCGAUACCCGUGUGAGUCGAGUCAGUCAUUACCUGUGUGACACUGGCAUCCAGGCUGGUAAUACCGUCUUACCAUCUUGUGUACAAUCUGAACUUCGUGUUGUUAUAGCCAUCUGUAAGAAUUAACAGAAAAACAUAAGAAGAGUGAGAAAAAAGCCUCCCAAAUUGAGCUAGAGGUGUGCUACAAGACUGUAUAAUAAACUUCUAAUCCAUACAGACCCAGUAAGGGCGGUAGGCGCCAUCUGCGCUUUGGAAAUGGAAUAAGAGAUGGAGUGAGCCAGCAGCAGAGAGUUGUAGUUCAACCAACUGUAAAAUUUUCAAAAACUUGUAUAAAUGCUUCAGGGAGCAAAUGGCAAUGUCUUGGGUUCUUCAAAAAUAACAAAGUUCCUUUCAGAGAUGUGUAUGUGUAUCUGCAUAUGCGACCACACAACAUCUCAACAUCUAAACUCCUACAGCCAAAGACAAAAUUUGUAUACCUAUACCACGGAGGGGCUUUCUUGACAACUCCGCCCGUGCUGGGAACACACUUGACUAUCACACAUGCCAACAGCUGCAACUUAGUCCUUUAACUCCACUAUUUUAGCAGUAUUUUUGUUAUGUUUGUGAUUGUUACCGAGCGUAUGCAGAGAGCCCCUGAUUUUGAACACCAGGACUGAACAGCCUGUGGCAUGUAUGCUGGCCACAUGCUUCAGUACUGCCUGCCUGGGUUAGAGGCAGCUGCAGCCUUUUACUUUUUAGGAAACAAUCUUUUGUGGGGUUUUUUUAUUGUUUGGUGGUGGUUUUUUUUUUUAAACUGAAGCUUGCAAUUCAUUCAUGUGACUUCCUUCACCUACUGCAAUUCAUGUACUGAUAACCAACCUACCUCCAAGGGACCCAACAGAGUUAUUCUGUCACAAUGAAUUUCAGAAGCAUAUAGAGGAAAGCAAUGCCCUCUCAAUGUUGUGAAUUCUAGCUGAACAGCUGAAAUCUUUUUUUUUUUUUUUUUUCAAGCACAGGCUGGUUAGCUAAAAAUAGUCAAACCCACUGGCAUGGUCAGAUAAUGUAUAUAUAUGCUGUAGAGAAAAAAGCCAUGAAAAAGAGGGAAUGAGAGCUCCUCACUCACAAUGUUCUGCCCCAUCAAAGCUGAAUUAAGCCAACUGAAGUGUCUGGUUGAAAUAAAGAAAACAAAACCAAAACUAUUGGCAAUAUUACUUGAGUUCAGACUGUGCUGAAAGAAGUGUUUUCAAAUCGGAUAUGCUGACUAAUGCAUUUUGUCCUAAAAAAUUCAACUGUCCAUUUUACAUCUACUGCAGACAGGCUUUUAAUGAGUUACCUGGCCAGGAUGAGUGGACUUCAACCUUCAUUUCCAAGGGGUAAUUAACCUGCGAGGGCUUCCAGGAAGAUGCUUGUUUCAGCCUCUGUCGCGGAGGCAUUGCAGCUUUUGGUUAAAAGCAGAGGGCAUAUCUUUGCAUCUACAGGUUGCGGCUGAUUUACUAUUCCACAGGAGAAGGAAAGUGAUCUUAUAUUCUUCCAGCACAUCUUUCCUGGUGUUACUAGCCUAACUGGCAGGCAGAAAAGUUAUUUCUGGGGUAGUUCAAGCAACGGUUAUACGUAUUCCCCUUAACAGUGCCGCACAGAACUGGAGCUAAUGUUUGUUUCUGCCUCUCGAGCCAAAAGAAACUAUGAUGAGACCUAGAUUUUACUCAUCCACGACCAUGCCAGCACCUCCAGACUAUGGCUCUGUGCGCUCCCAUGUGUCUUACGAGGUUCUUAGCUUGAAAAAUGGUAGGUAGCUUUCCCAUUCCAUCAGCAGUAAAAAGCUGCCGUCAUUUCAGAUUCUCCUCUUCUCCUCCCAAGCCCUGAUGUCCCACUACCCCUGAGCUCAAAGAUGGGGCUCGUUUCUCUGGGGAGAUUUUCCUGAUGAGAAAGGGAACACGGAGUCAAAUGCCCACAAAAAAGAUGGGUCCCCAACAGAGAGUAGGCUUUAACAAAACCAUCAGCUUUUGUUUCAGCAGCCAGCAGAGAUUUUUUUUAGGCUUUUGUUCCUGCUUUUUAGCAAUGCUAUUGUUUUCUAGGUGAUGUUUGUGCCGAGUUGUUUGGAAAGAUGCCCUAUCGCUGCGCUGACCGAUUAGAACUAGGUGUAAAAAGGGAGUAGCAGGAGAAGAAGAGAAAAAAAAUUAAAUCUCUUUAUUAUGGUGCAUAAACCUUCAGUGUUGGGGAGCUGUGCAGCUGCGCAGGAAGAAAAAUGCAUUCAAAAAUAUAAUGCUAGUGUGAAUAAUCCUUUCUCGAAUGCUGCUUGCAGACUGCUUCAGCUUUGUCAGGUGAACUUGAACUGGGCCAUCAGAUUUGCUGCUGUUCCCAUUGCACAGUGUCUAUCACCCCGGGGCAUUCAGCAUCUUGACUGUUGUUAAAAGCGAGCAAACAAUCCAUCAUUGAGCCGGGGAGUCACUCGCUCAUAGAAAACUAAAAUCGGCAUGUGACGGUACACUCGGCCCCAGUGUUUCGCAGAUUAAAGUGAUACAUGAAAACUCACGUGUUACUGGGAAGAUUAAGUCCGUUAUCUUGUUCCGCAGCCAAUAAAGGACGCCCUUGUCUACAGCAGUAGGGAAAUGCUGGCUUUAACCAAGUGACAACCGCCGCGCGUACGUAGCUCCGUGCUCCGGCAAAAGAGGACGCCGGGCUCUGAAGAGGAAACAAAGCUAGUUAGCGAGAUCUCGGGAAUUAAUAGGCAGCAGAGAUGCUGUGUUAAAGCCUCACUGCAGAGGCUUUCCUUUCUCUAUAGAGACAAUUAAAAGGAAAACAAAACCUCCCGGACAAUCUCUGCAGAACAAAGUGUCCUAAUACGCUGCCAGCAGCCGGCCCUGCGCUGUCUGCUGCGAUAGCACGUGCGGUUUCGAGACCCCUGGAAAGUAAUGCCUUUUCCAGCUUAUGCCUCUUGUGCAGAGAGGCCACAAAAUAGGUAUUUAGAUAUCCUCCCGAAUCAAUCCAUCUGUGGGAAAGGGUAAUAUUUGGAUUUCUCCCAAAUAUUUGCAUUUAGCAGCUGAUUUCUUUUGUUGGUUUGUAGCAUACUUUUUACCAUCUCAGCCAAAGUUACGGCUACUGACCAUUAAAAGUUACUAUCAAGUAUCUGCUUGUCCCGAUCCCCGUUAAAACAGACGUAGUUGCGAUAUUUAACCCUAUAGCCUCUACUUGUCUGACUCUUCACAGGCUUGGGCACAAAUGCAGGCGCUCUGUCUUCAGCCAGGGCUCGGGUGUUGGAAAUCCUGGACUAACGUGCUCUAUAACCUCAUCGCCUGAAGAACCUGGGCACAUACAUGGCCCCAAACACAUGGAACUUAAAAUUAUUGGUUUAUAUUUGUGGUAUAAAUAGGUGAUUAUUGGGAGAAAUAAAUAGUUGACUCUGAUGAUGGAGCGUUUAAUAUUUUGGCUGGAAGUUUCAUCUUAGAGCUACCGACCAAAAAAGUUGCUGUUCUGCUAUUUCCUCUGGUUUCAGAGGAAAGUUUUUUUUGAACCGAGCAAGACUUGGGGAAUACUUUUUUUUUUUUUUUUUUUUAAGAAAUUCAGUGGUUUCUAUUAAGUAACUUACUACCAAGGUUGCUUUUUGGGCUUGAUGUAUAACAUAAGAGCUCAGCAUGAUCAUUAAGAGCCAGUCACCCUGUGGUCUCUACAAAAUGAGUGAAACUGUGUUGUGCUGGUACACACAAUGAAAUAUUUUCAUUAACUGAAAGGACAUAAAGUCUGAAGAAGCAUUUUCUCCUCUCAGCUGAAGCAGCCAACUCAAGGACCGGAGUUUACACCCAGUGUAAGUGCUGCAGCAAGUUGGGCACAAAACCGUCCCGCUCUUGACGAGGUGAUGACCCACUUUCCUGUCCUUCAGUGAAGAUAUUUGGAUAAAGAAGUUUUUCCCGCUUACCUUUCCGCUGGAAUCCAGAUGAAAGGCAGCCGUGUUUGUCAUGUACCCACGCAUAAAAGUAAAUCUGAUAGCAAGAGGGAACAAGCCCAUGCAACCAAAUCCUAUUAACCACGGGCAGAAUGAUUUCCUCACUCUUUUACAGAUACCGAACGUCACCACGAAGCACUUUGGGGAACUUCUCUUACAAAAGACACCGUGUGAAAGGGAGCCCCUCGGUUACUCCGACGGUACGAGGCCGAGCCAGGCUUGUCUCCGUCCCUCUCUCUCUGAGUCGGCAGCAUCCCGGGCUAUUAAGGCCAGCGCAGAGCGGGCGCAGGGUGACCCCUCCAGCUGUGAGGCAGCCCCUGCACGCGAGGCACCACAUCCCUGCUGCCAUAAACCCGGCGUCAGCUGCCCCGAGAACCCAGCUGCUGGAUUUAGGCAUCGGGUUUUUUUACCAGAAAGAGCUCUUCAUGGAUAUUGAGGGGAUAGCUUCACGUGAGCAAGCGCAGAGAGGCAGCGUGCGCCGCCAGAUCUCUUCUGCUUGGCAAAACUCAGCGCUAACGCUGAACGCAGCGGCACCAGCCUCCUCGGCCAUCUCCUUCCCACUGUAUAGCUUGGUAGCAGGGCUGGGAUUGCUCUUCCAGGCACAGGACUGGCACCCAGCGUGGGAGUUUCCCAGCUCAUCCUGCCCCCCAGCCAGCAGAGCCGUGAGGGGCCCCCACCGAUGCUGGGGGAGCCCCCAGGGGAAGGGAAACCAAGCGGAGACAGCUGUGUCCGUAAGCAUUGUGCGCGUGUUGGGAAAAGCACGCUAUUUACAGGUGGUGUGACGUACUGUUGUAACCACUGCUCCCUCGAAAUAACCAGAAACGGGGAUAUUUGCAGCAAAGUAUCGACUGGUAACUGCCACUGUCACCUGCUGCCUUGGAGGGAAGUCCCUGCACCGCUUCCCUGCAGGGAAGCCAGCAGCCUGGGGACAGCCCCGCGGCAGCAGCGUGCCGCUCUCUCCCCUCCCGGGAACGGCACAUGCCACCCUCCUCUUUUUUUUUUUUCUUUCCUCUCCCUACUUGGAUGAAAUCAUCUCCCGUGUCCCUCUGCAGAGCGGGAGCAGAUGGGGCUGUCGGUCUCCGCAGCCGCCCGCUGCCCCGGCUUGCCUGAGCCCGUGGUGCCUCUCCAACACCCCCCCCCCCCCGCCCAGUCUGCCCACGGCGACCCUCCAAAUAGAAUUUAAUCCCAUUCUUUGAUCAGAAAACAGCUCUGCCCAGCUAUUUUUAAGACAGAGUGAAUCUCUCAUCAAAAGAUACCAAGUUAUUAAUAAUUUGGUUAUUCACCAAGGGCCAGCAUCCCCCUUCCCCUCUCCAUCAAAAGGGUGCAAGGGCAACGCAACCAGCACCCAGGGGUGCCCGCGCACCCCGGCCGAUGAAGAGCAGGGUAACCCCGGCGUGCAGCGGAUGCUUUUCAUCCCUCGAUAACGACCAAGCGAAGCCCAAACUGCCGUGCCGGCUACCGGGGCUGCCGUCCCCUCCGAGCAGGCCAUCACGUUAAUAGAGGUUGAUUUGCAAACGGCGUCGCCCCCUCCCCAGUGCCCCCCUUUGCCUGGCUCCCGCUUUUCUGCUCAAUGGCACAGAUGCUGCUUUGUGCUGCUCAGGACCAAGCAGCUAUUAGCAGCAAAUCCAGCGAGGGAAAUUAAUGAAGGCGACUACUAAUAAAAGACAGCUCAGGACAGCCAUACCAACUUGCUCCAAGCAGUAAUUAACUUUUUUUAAAACUCAUGAAGGUAAAUAUGCCAUCAGCUUUGGUCCGGUCUCUCCCCUUUUUAAUAAAAGGAGGGGGAAGGGAGGCAAGGGAAAGGGGACGGCUGGUGUCGCAGCCGCCCCAGCACCAUCCGUAUUCCCUCCCCGCACGCUGCCGGCCGCUGAGAAGCGCCGAGCAACCCUCCGUCACAGGCGGCAGUCUGAAGAAGAUUCUUUUUUUUUUUCUCCAAUCAGUUUUUAAAGGCUUUAUUUUAAAUCUUAGCAUUGUAAGAGUACUACUUCUCUUUAAUCAGAAAUCUGAAUUCGGGAUAAGAAGUCCCAGGGAUGAGAAGGUUGCCAGAAGUUUGCUGGACCUGCCAAAUGUUGCACCAGAUCUGAAAGCAAGAUAUAUCCUUAAGUUGAAGGUAUCAGUGAGCUCGUCAGAGCAAAAAAGUCUGUCUUAGACUUUACGAUGCUAGAUUUGGCCCCAUAGUAAGGCAACAACCGUCACCAGCUUAAAAAAAAAAAAAAUCCCACCACGAUUACUGUUC